AUGAAAAAAACAAUUAAUACAAUUACGAAAAAUUAUAUUGAGGAAUGCUCAAGUGCCCAAAACAAAGAUGUAGAUAAGGGCAAAUCAGCUUCCAAUAUUAUAAAUAGAGAAAAAAGAGAAGCAGAAAUGCAAAAUUUUGAUGAAAUAAAAGAACAACAAAAUAAUAUUAAUUACAUCAAUAAAUAUUUAACAAAAAUUUUUAAUUUCGAAAAAGAUUGCCAACCAUCAUUAUCAAAAGAAGAUACCACAAAAGGUAGUAGUGGAAGUGAUGAUUUUAGUGAAACCCUUUCAAGAAUGUUUACAAAAAAUAAUUCAAAUAUUGAAUGGGAACUAGAUAAUACAUAUGAGUUUGAAACAAUGGAUGAUAACAAUUAUAUGAAAUUGGAGUCUUCUCUAAGUAAGACAAAUCCAGAAACAUUUAAUUUUAAAAACAAAGAAAAUAUUAACAAUAUAAGCAAUUUUAAAUUUAAAAAGGCACAUACAAAUGGUGUUGACGGAAAUGAUAAUUUAUUCUCAAGUAAAUUGAAUUUGAAUAAUUUUAAUUCAUUCAAUGAAUGUGAUAAUUUAGACAAAUGUUUUCCCCCCAAUGCUGACGUUUUUAAAUUUAAAAAAGAUAAUAUACCAAAUAAUGAAAUAAAUGUAAAAUGUGAAAGUUUAAAAGAGCCAUUAUAUCAACACAUAAAAAACAAUAAUUGUGCUAAGAAGGUCGAUGAUAAUUUGUUAACAAGAAUUUUGCAUGCUUUAAAUGAAAAGAAUGAUGAACAAAAUAAUAUAAACUUAAAUAAGCAAAUAAUAGAUAACAUAAACAGUGUUAAAAACUGUGACUCAAAAAAAAACAACGAUAGUAAAACCAUAGGUGAAGCCUAUAAGCAAUUUCCUAACCAUCCUGAUGGUAACAAUGCUGAAUUGUUUCAUACUUAUUUUGAUAGUAGUUUGCUAAAUUCGAAUGGAGAAUUAAAAGAAACACCAAAAAACGGAGAUAAUCAAAAUAAGGUGUCGAAUAAAAACAAUUUAGUAUAUAAUUAUUUUAAGAGUGAGGGGACGAUGGUGAGUGAUACAAAUAAUAGCAAAGAAUAUACUGUCCCGGAAUACAAUAACAUUUGCAAUAAUUAUGCAAAAUUUACUAACGAUAAUGCAAAUUUUUCUUAUAAUUCGCAAAAUAAUCUCCUAAAUGAGGGACAAAAAAGGGAAGACACCAUUUUUGGUAAUUGGGGAAAUAAUACUAAUGAUAAUAAUAGUGGAGAUAAUAAUAGCUGUUCACCUUUUACACAUCCAUUUGAUAAUAUUUCUAACAAUGAAAUGAAGCAAAAUAAUGAUUUAGAAGUAAAAAAUUUCACUAAAAAAAAUGAUAAUUAUGAUUAUAGUAAUUUUAAUGCAAACAAUUUCAGUAUGAAUGAUAUAAAUUCCUAUGAAAAAUAUAUGGCAAAUGGGAACAAUUUAAAUAACAAAAAUUAUAAUUCACAAGAUAUAGUUGUAGAGACCCUUAAUCAUUUAGUGGAAAAUUAUUUAGGGCAUGAAAAUAAAAAUUUGGAUCAAAUGUUUAAUGGAAAAGAUAAGAAGAAUGAUAUAAUAAAUAAUAAUAAUUCCCAAUCACCACAAAUGAGGAUAAACAUGUAUGAGGAUAAAAGAUUAUUAUCUGAAUUAAAUGAAAUAUUGUCUUCAAAUAAUUCGAAUUCGCAAACAAUUAACAAUAAUAUACAUAAAUACCAAAUUUUAUUAGAAUAUAUUAAUAAUAAAAUUGAAAAAGAAGCAGCUCAUAAUAUUAAUAACAAUAAUCUGAAUAAUAUGUCUGGAAAUGUAGAUAAUGUUUUUGAAAGGAAUGGUCAUAAUAAUAUUGACCACACCAUUCAAUUUAAAAAUAUGAAUAAUUAUGUGCAUCAAUAUAAUAAUGAACGAAAAGAUGAUAUAGAAGAAAGCAAAAGUGUAUAUAAUUGUAAAGAAAAUAUUAAUAACACUUUUACAAAAAUAAAUGAAUUUGAUAGGGAAUCUAUGGAAAGACAAAAUCAUGGAAAUUCCAAUGAAAAUUAUAGUUCUAGACCUAAUCUUACUUAUAAUCCUCAAAACUGUAUAAACAGGAUUGAUAAUGAAGCAUUUGUUGAUGGUAAUAAUAAUAUUCCAAUGAUUGAUAUAUUAAAAAGUAAGAUAAAAUUUUUAUUGGAAAAUGAAAAUAAUGAUGAUUUAUUAAAUAAGUAUAUUAUAGAUACCAUAGAUGAGUAUAACAAGAGCAAAUAUAAUAAGGGCAUGAAUAUAAUAAAUACAGAAAUUUGUAGUAAUAAUAAAAAAAUUGGCGAAAAAUCAUUUAAGGAAAAUGGUAAUAUAAACAAUCAUUCAGAAAGAGGUAAUAUAAUAAAUUACAAUAAUGACAAAGAAUAUCCAUUUGUAGUAAAUAUAAAUAAUGACAAUAUAUAUAAUACUAACAGGAUGAUGGAUAAGCAAAAUGGAUCAUAUAAUGGAGGAGUAGGUAAUAAUUCAGAAGGGAUUAAAUUUAAUAAUUCUCAUAAUGAAAAUACUUUGAACUUGUGUAAUGAAACAAAUGAUAUCCAUGGUGAUAAUUUUAAAUUAUUCCUGAAAAACAGAUUAGAAAUAGCGCAUGGAAAUAAUUACAAUAUGGAUAGUAACAAUAAAGGCGUAAAUAACUGGACAUUUAAUUACGACGAAUUUAAUCGUAUCGCCAACAUAAAAAGGAACGAGUCCUUAGUAGAACCGAAUUUAUUGUCAGUAAGGAAUGAAAACAACAUGAGGAAUAGUAAUAUAACAGGCAGCUAUAUGGAUAAUAAUAGUAUGAUUAACUCUAACGGGGAUGGAAAUUAUAAUUAUAAUAAUGUGAUGAUAGAUAGUUCAUUUUGUAAUAUGAAAAGUGAAAAUGUCGGCGAACAAAAUAAUGAAAACAUAAAGGGUCUAAUGAAUGAAUCCCUUGAGACUUAUAAGUCCAUCUUUCAACAUCCUAUACAUUUAUUAAACAAAAAUAAUAUUGUGCUUGACUUGGAUAAUUAUGAAAAAAACUCACGAGCCGAUGUGUUUCAAAAUAGUUCUGUUAUUUCAAACUCGAAUAAUGUAGAAAACGGGGGCAUAAUAAAUGAUGUUGACACGUUUGAACAUGUUAAAAGAGAAUCAGAAUAUAAAAAGAUUCAGACAGAUUACUAUGCAGCAAACAAUUUGUCUAAAAAUAAACAAAAUGAACCAAAAGAAAACUUAUUUAAUGAUGAAUAUAGUUUUUACUUAAAAAGCAAAAGUGCUGGAGCAAAUAAUAAGGCGAAUUAUGAUAAAUAUAAUUAUGAUACGAGAGGAGAAAGCUAUUUUCAAAAUAAUGAUUCUUAUUGGGAGGAUAUUAAUUUUAAUAUUAGAAGAGAACAAUGUGAAGAUGAUGAACAAUGGAGUACAGUGAAAAAAGAAAACAGUAAAUUUUUGGAUAAAGAAGGAAAAAAAAAACUAUCAUUUUUUUUAAAAAAAAAUAAUUGCUCAAAUAGUGGAAAUGAAACAAAUCCAGUGUGGAAUAGAAAUAGAAAUUCAAUAAAAGUAUCAAGGACAUCUCCAAAAUUAUCAUUUCAUAAUAAAUUUGAUGAACUAAGGAAAGGGCAUACCGAAAAUUUUGUUAAUGUUAUAAGUGGUAAUAAGGGUAAUACUAUAAACCAAAAGUUAAAAGGAAGAUCAUUUCUAAAUAAUGCAAAAAUUUCUAAAAAAAAAAAAUCUACAGAAAUAAAUGAUAAAUUAACAAUGGAAGAAUUAAAAUCCAUAUUAACUGAAAAAGAUGAAGCAAAUUUAGAGAGCUUAUUGCAAUCGUUGUAUGAUGAUAGAAUAUUACCUUUGUUAAUUAAUGCAAAGGGUAGAGCAGAUGAAUUUCAUUUUACAGAUAUAUUAAAAAAUAAUAUAAAAGAAGCUUAUAGUUUAUUUCCAGAUAAAUAUGUAAUAAAAAAGAGCACAGAAGUUGGUGAAGAUUAUGUAAUAUAUUUUUUAAAAAAAAAAGUAAAGGAUGAUUAUUUCUUUUCUACCAAUAAUUUAAAAGACACAUAUAAACCCCAAUUAUGGAAAAGUUUUGAAAAAUAUUUAAAUGAAAUAGCACAAUCAGAUGAUUCAACAUUAUAUACAUUUUCAGGUGGCAGAUAUGGUAUGGCAAAAGAAUUACAACGAAGAAAACUACCGUUUUUUGACGGAUUAUAUUUAGGGGAAUUAUGCCAUAUUGUUCAUUUAAGUACUAAUAAAAAAAUGAUAGCAUAUGAGAAUAAUUAUUUAAAACCAAUAAGUCAAUGCCAUAAAUAUACGAACGCCAAAUUAGGGAUUGCUAAUACUGAUGACAAAAAUAUGGAAAAUUAUAUUAUGACAAUAAGUGAAUUAAAACUUUAUAUGAACAAAUUAUUGAAGUAUUAUAAAGGUGGAUUUAACAUAUCUACGUUAAAAAAAAAGUUAAAGAAUAGAUUUAAUAAGCAGUUAUGUGAAAGCGUUUUUCAUUGUAUUAAAUUGAUAGAAGUUUUACAACUGAAGGAAUUGAAGGACACAUGUGUAGUUGACUCUGAGCUCAAAAUAGUGAGGAGUGUCCACGAUGUGUUUCCAUAA